CAGGCGCAGAGGCGGCAGUGCCCGCAGUCGGCUGCGAGCAGUAAAGACGAUGGCGAGCUGAGAGCAGCGGGUAAUUAAAAACACCCACUCCAAGGCCUGAGAAGUGUUUGGCAUGGAGGAAACAGAAGGGGAGGCCGACCAGGCAGACCAGUGCCCGGGCGAGAGCGAACCUCCGACAGGCGGCGGAGCCCUGGGCGUCAUCAAGGAAGGCGUGGGGGAGGCCCUUAUUGACUCCGAGGUGGCCAAGCGGGCCUGCCAGGAGGUGCUGGAGAAAGUCAAGCUCCUGCGGGGCGCCUCGACGGAGACGGUGGAGGAGGCAGAGGGCCGCAGCGGUGUGCCCAACGGUGUCGCCAGCGAUGGCGAGCAGGCCAAAGUCCGGGUAGUGGAGGAGGAUGGGACAGCGGCAGUGGGCAACACAGUUAAGAAUGCCCGGAGGCGGCAGCGGUACAACUCAGCCAAGCAGUCGUGGCUGCUCCGGCUCUUCGAGUCCAAGCUCUUCGACAUCUCCAUGGCCAUCUCGUACCUCUACAACUCUAAGGAGCCAGGUGUGCAGGCAUACAUCGGCAACAGACUCUUCAGCUUCCGCCAUGAGGAGGUGGACUUCUACUUGCCCCAGCUGCUCAACAUGUACAUACAUAUGGACGAGGACGUUGGCGAUGCUAUCAAGCCCUAUGUGGUGCACCGCUGCCGCCAGAGCAUCAACUUCUCCCUCCAGUGCGCCUGGCUUCUGGGCGCCUACUCCUCAGACAUGCACAUCUCCGCCCAGCGCCACUCCCGCGGCACCAAGCUGCGCAAGCUCAUCCUCUCCGACGAACUGAAGCCAGCCCACCGGCGCAAAGAGGUGCCGCCGGUCAGCCCCGCUGGCGACAUGGCACAGUCGCCCUCCAAGCGGACCCACCAGAGAUCCAAGUCAGACGCUACGGCCAGUAUUAGCCUGGGCAGCAACCUGAAGAGAACGGCAAGCAACCCAAAGGUGGAGAGGCAGCAGGAGGAGGCGCUUUCGUCCAGUAAUGAGAGUAUUGGUAGAGAUGACCGCACUCAACCUGCCAGGCUGGCACCCGAGAGGGAGUUUAUCAAGUCACUCAUGGGGAUCGGCAAACGGCUGGUCACCCUGCACACCAAGGAACAGAAGACGCAGAGGCUCAUCUCCGAGCUGUCACUGCUGAAUCACAAGCUUCCGGCCCGGGUCUGGCUCCCGACGUCUGGCUUUGAUCACCACGUGGUGCGAGUUCCUCACAACCAGGCCGUCGUCCUCAACUCCAAGGACAAGGCGCCCUACCUGAUCUACGUAGAGGUGCUGGAGUGUGAUAACCUGGAGGCUUCGCCCGUCCCUACCCGCAUCCCGGAGAACCGGAUCCGCAGCACGCGCUCGGUGGAGAACCUGCCCGGCUGUGGCUCCGGCUCUGGCCACGAGCAGCGAGCCCCCACCUUCACCACCGUGACCAACUACGACAACGACGAUGAGGCCUGGUCCGUGGACGACAUCGGUGAGCUGCAGGUGGAGCUACCUGAAGUGCACACCAACAGCAGCGAUAACAUCUCCCAGUUUUCUGUGGAUAGCAUCACGAGUCAGGAGAGCAAGGAGCCAGUGUUUAUAGCUGCCGGUGAUAUCAGGCGACGUCUCUCAGAGCAGCUGGCCCACGCACCCACUACGUUUAAACGGGACCCCGAGGACCCCUCUGCUGUGGCCCUGAAGGAACCGUGGCAGGAGAAAGUCGGGCGAAUCCGAGAGAAUUCUCCCUACGGCCACUUCCCGAACUGGCGGCUGCUCUCAGUCAUAGUCAAGUGCGGUGAUGACCUUCGCCAGGAGCUCCUAGCUUACCAGGUCCUAAAGCAACUGCAGGCUAUCUGGGAGUUGGAGCGAGUGCCACUCUGGAUCAAGCCCUACAAGAUUCUGGUGAUCUCUGCGGACAGUGGGAUGAUCGAGCCAGUGGUGAACGCGGUGUCGCUCCACCAGAUCAAGAAGCAGUCCCAGCUCUCCCUCCUGGACUACUUCCUGCAGGAACAUGGGAACUACACCACUGAGGAAUUCCUGUCUGCCCAACGCAACUUCGUCCAGAGCUGCGCCGGCUACUGUUUGGUCUGCUACCUUCUCCAGGUCAAGGACAGACAUAAUGGCAACAUUCUGCUGGAUUCAGAGGGGCACAUUAUUCAUAUCGACUUCGGCUUCAUCCUCUCCAGCUCGCCCCGAAAUCUGGGCUUCGAGACGUCUGCAUUCAAACUCACCAACGAGUUUGUUGAUGUCAUGGGGGGCCCAGAUGGGGACAUGUUCAACUACUACAAGAUGCUGAUGUUGCAGGGAUUGAUCGCAGCAAGGAAGCACAUGGACAAAGUGGCUCAAAUCGUGGAGAUUAUGCAACAAGGCUCCCAGCUCCCAUGUUUCCACGGUUCGGGAACAAUUCGGCAUCUCAAGGAGCGUUUCCACAUGAACUUGACUGAGGAGCAGCUUCAGGGACUGAUUGAGCAGAUGGUAGAUGGCAGCAUGCGAUCGCUGACCACGAAACUCUAUGAUGGCUUCCAGUACCUCACCAAUGGAAUCAUGUGAUCCCUUUAGCCCCCACCCACUCACCUCCAGGGCAAGGAGGAGGGAUGGGGAUGGAGAGAGAGACUGCAAUCUCUCGAUCGAGAGCAAGUUUGCUGCUUCCACACCUGAGGACUCCAAACCCCAACACAGGUUGUCAAGGGAAGCAUCAGUAUCCAAGGACAUUUAGAUGCUGUUUCUCUGUGGGAUUCAGGAGUGUCAAAUACCUUAGCCUGGACUUCAUUCCCACCUCCUAAUUCCCAGUGCCGGAGAGAAUUGGAUUGUGUCCUAAUUUUGCUCAACCUCACCUCCUCGAUGAAAGGAUCCAUUCCGAGCACCCAAUACCCCUUCCCUGCCACCCACCUUUGUGUUGGGAAGCCUCCUACGUUUUGAAGAAAGCCUUUUGUAUCAAAUCUAGGGCUGACCCGAACAAGGAAGGGAGAGCAGAAAAUCCUGCUGCAACUUCCAGAAGAGGGCGAGGAGAGUUCUUGGCGGCCAACAUCCUAUCCUGGUGUUUCUGCAGAAUGUUCAUUCCUCAACCAUGUUUAUUUAUAUAUUAUAUCUAUAUUCUGGAUAAUAUAUAUAUAAUAUAUAGCUAAACAUGGUCUAAUCUGUCCAGGUCAUUACCAAAGUUUGGGACCUUGCUCUGCACAAAUUGGCUGCACCUUUUCUAGCAUUUCAAAACGGAUAUUUGAUUUGGCUGCAGUGUUUUGGGACAGUGGGAAACCUUGAUUCAGAUCCCCAAAAGGGUCCUUUACCACGCAUGGUCACCCGCCACUACUCCAAGAAAGCACCACUCCUGAUGAGAAACAAAUUAACUCAUUGACCCUCCAGCAUGGAGAUGUGUGUCACCACAGACCAACUUUUCAGACAACAAAACCCUCACCACCUCCUUUCCUCACCUCGUGCUGAUUCUAACCAAGCACAGUCUCCUUUCCACACCUCAAAGCAAACAUCGUGACACAGCUUAGACUUUAUCCCCUUCUCCCCAAGUGUUUUUUUUUGUUUAUAUCUGUAUUUGCGUGAGUCAGUGAUUUUUUUUAACUUAGUUUUUCCUUCCUCAUUGGUAAACCGGACAUUUGCAAAGUCAGGUGUGUAGGAAUUUCCUUGUUAUGUUUGUCCAUUUUGUACUGUUAUAACAACUGUGACUAUUCGGUUGGCUGUGAAGCACUUUCGGGCAUCAUGAAAGAUUAGUAUUGAAAUGCAGGUCUUUCUUCUUUGAUGGAGAGAUACAAGUCCAUUCAGAGGUACUGGCUUGGGAGUGUAUUUCCCUUUCAGUUUUUACGCCUUCAUUCAACGAGGUUUGCUCCCUCUGCAGCUGUGAUUUUGGUGUUCACGCACAGUAACUGGUUCUGUUCUAUUUACCCGUGUCCGUGGUGGAACUGGAGCGGUGUUGACGGCCUUCUGCUAUAAAACCCAUGCCCUCGACUUGGUUCAGUGAGAAAACAUGAUGUUAGGUAUGUCCUCUGCUGACUGUCAUCCUGGGAGUUGGUUCACCUUUGAUGGCCUUGUCUGUCUGUAGAUUAGGUUUUGGUUAGGCUUGACAUUUCAAGGGUAAAGGGCAGAGAAAUUAACCGGCUGAUGGUCUUGAUCAGCUGUUUCUGAGUUUCCACCCCACUUUUCUUCCUACCACCCCAACUACAGUUCAGUUACUGACACUGUCCUCCAGUUAGAACCUUUCCACAUCCCAUCUUCCCUCCCAUGGCAGAGCAGUUUCCUUGCUUGCUGUGAUGAGGAUGAGGAUCUCUGAGGUAGAGACCCUUAUGAGGCGGGAUAGGAGUGGAUCAAUUCUGAGUCCGUCAAGAGGUGGAAAUCUUCCAAGAAGGGUUUGAGGUUCUCAUGAAGGUUAAGUCACAAUGGACUUAGUGUCUCACUAAAUUGGGAUGGGUUAGAGUGAAUCAUAUAAUUUAUUUCUGUUCUCACGUUCCCCCUCCCUGUCCACACAAUGCAAUACACCCUUUCUUUUGGGGAGGGCAGAUAAUAGGGAGACAAGAUUUACCCAUCUCUCUUCUUCUGCUGCAGGGGAAUGCUACCAGCCUCAGGGCAGUGUGCCGUGUUUGUUAUUUUUUGUUCUCUUCAUUGGAAUAAUGAGGUAAAUCAUAGGUCCUUUCUCUCCCAUUCUUCCUCCUCUCCCAGUCAGUCACCUCCCUCCUUGGACAAACAGUAACUGGAGGAGCAGUUGCUUCCUGCAGAAAAGUGAGGGGUUCCAUGACUAUUUUUGUUCAGCCUGGCCCCAAAUAUGGCCCAGUUAAAACGAGCUCCGUGAAAUCAAACCACUCUCUGCUUUUGUUGACAUUCUGUUGAUCGUCUGUUAAUGGCCGAUCCUGUUUACCGCUGAUAGAAAUACCCAAACUCUCAUCACUCGCCUCUGCCAAUCGUCUGUAAAACCCUCAUCACUCGCCUCCGCACAUCACUCUUCAGUAGCUUGCCAUAGGUCCUGCCUGUCAUGUCCCAGCAUCAAGAGGGGUAAACACAGGCACAGCCAGUGUUUGAUAAACACUCACAAUCUGUUUAACAUCAGUCACGAAUCAUACAUGGCUCUUGUACAUGUUCACCAAGCUCUGUACAUACAUGACAGUGGACACAUGCAUCGAGACGUGCAGUCCAUGUACACGGUGACUGGCACAUACUCACACUGUGACGAGACAAGGCUUGGAGACACAAGUUGACACCGAUCCACAGUACAUAUUUACAUGCAUGGCAGAUCGUACACACGCUGUCUAAAGCGUGUCCAUAUGUCAACUGUUGACAAGCAUGCACACAAUCUUUUCAGGACAUUGUAGUUUUGUGAGGCUUCAUUCCCCACCACCACUCAACCUGGUAAAGGGAAGCAGAUAGUGUUGUGAUGUAACCCCCUUGCCUCUAUGCGUUGAGAAUUGGGCUCGAGUGUAAUCUGCCAAAGUGGGUAAAGUCACAACCAAGAUGCAAGUUAACCCUUCCAUCUGCUCCGAUUGCAGAGUUAGGGCGUGGGAAUUUUGUCUUUAGAAUGGAUUGGAUCUCGCUGGUCAGGCUGUUUGUUUGCCAUAUUUGUGAAUGGUGUUGAGGAAUUACAUGUAAGGUGCAAACUGCCGGUAGCAAGUUCUCCCCUGGUCCCGGAUCAACUUCUUCCCAUAAAUUAACAUCAGCAGAGAAUGGAUAUACUGUCCCUUUGAUUUGCACAUUCUCCCUCCCACUUACGCAAGGAAGGACUAUUUUCUAGGUGUAUUUCAAACAGGAGUGAUGUAAUUUGUUCUGGGUGUCUUUGGGACAGUAUAGGGAGAGUUCUCUGUUCCAUGAGAGUGAUGGGAUGGUGUGGAGGGAGCUUCACUCUGUGUCUGACCCCAGGAGUGUGUGAUGGGACAGUGCGGAGGGAGGGGAGGUGAGUCUGUGGUCAGGAAAAGUGCUCUCUGCCACCACUACCACUACCACCACCCAGUUACACAGAUGAGAGUAAAGAGCCAGCCAUUAAAGAUUGGCUUGUAGAUUUGUCUGUUUACUUAAGUGAAGGAGACAUGAGAGGGAGUGUUGUACAUAUUAUAAAACUGUAUUUAAAUUGCUCUUUUAUAUAUACAUAUACAUAUAUAUAUAUAUAAGCAAUGCACGAUUUGAAAUUUAGUUUUCUGUUGUAAAUCUGAUACUAAAUUCUCUCAAGAUGAGCAGACAAUGUGAAGAUGGGAUUUAAAGCAGCAUUUUUGCUGUGUCCAGUGCUCCUUCUCCACAGCUGCACAGAUUUUAUUGCUGUACAGGUUUCGCUGCUGUCGUAAUAACAGUUUUCUCUGUCCGCCGUUUUCUUUGUUUACCCAUUCCACACACACACUGCCCCUCCCAACUCUUUAUUUUGGCCCCAUCAUGUUUUGUAUAUGUUGUCUUGUGACUCAUUAAAACACCUC